ACCAGAGCUCCAGCGAGAAGCGCUUUGGAAGGACCCUGCACCUCUGCGCAAACCUCUCCUGGAACUAGCGCGCACAGAGCAGCCUCCGCUGGCCGCUAAUGGAUACAUACAGGAGCCCUCUGCCCGUCUCCCUGUUGCUCUUCAUUCUUCUUCUCUGGGAAGUUCCCUGUAUCCAGCAGGCGUCCAUCCCUUCUGCGCUGCAGCCCGGGGCACUAAGAAGGCAGCGCAGGGAGGAUAAAGUCUCAUCAUACUCUGCUGACAGACACUUGUUGCCCCGAGCUGUGCCCGCGGUGGUGCCACACGAGUACAUGCUCUCCAUUUACAAGACUUUCUCUACUGCAGAGAAACUGGGGAUUAAUGCCAGCUUCUUCCAGUCCUCCAAGUCUGCCAACACCAUCAGCAGCUUUGUGGAUAGGCGGAGAGACAAUCUCUCUCUCCCGUCUUUAAAGAGAAAGAAGUACUUGUUUGAUGUAUCCACUCUGUCAGACAAAGAGGAACUGGUGGGGGCAGAACUGAGGGUAUUUCGUAAAGCCCCCAUAGAGUCAGCCAAAACACCUUUGGACUUGUAUAACCUGCAGGUAACAUCAUGCACCUCCCAAGCACAGCUGGAUUACCGGACCCUGGACCUGAGGGACACCCCCUCACCGGGCUGGCAAGUAUUUGAUGUCUGGAAAAGCCUACAGGAUAUCAGCCAAGGCAAGAAACAGAUAUGUGUGGAGCUAAAAGCUAUCUCUUUAACCACUGGCUUGGAGGUUAACCUGAGAAGCUUGGGUUUGGCCAGAAAGCCAAGAUCCUACCAGGAAAAAGCACUCCUGGUGGUGUUUACAAAAUCCUCCAGGAAGAACCUCUACAACGAACUAAAAGAACAGGUUCAUUCUUCAAAGAGCAUGGAGAAGGAGGCAAGGUUACAUUUUAAAACAAGGAGGAGGAGAAGGACAACUUUCAACAGCAGGCAUGGCAAAAGACAUGGAAGGAAAUCCAGGCUGAGAUGCAGCAAAAAACCCCUCCAUGUCAACUUCAAGGAGCUCGGGUGGGAUGACUGGAUAAUUGCACCCCUGGAAUACGAAGCUCAUCAUUGCGAAGGGGUCUGCGAUUUCCCCCUCCGAUCUCACCUAGAGCCCACCAACCAUGCCAUUAUCCAAACAUUAAUGAACUCAAUGAACCCAGGUUCUACUCCUCCUAGCUGUUGUGUGCCCACCAAAUUGACUCCUAUCAGUAUUCUUUAUAUUGAUGCCGGUAAUAAUGUGGUCUACAAACAAUAUGAAGAUAUGGUUGUAGAGUCCUGUGGAUGUAGGUAGCAGUUGGUGUGCCAGAGCAAUAAAUAAACUCAAAGAUAAGAGUGGGCUGGGCCCAGGUUCAAGAUCCCAAGGGGGGGUUCAAUACUGCGUAUCUGGUGUGCACCUACACCCCCCACAGUGGAUUGGGCACUAUUAUAUCACAGGUUAUAUUGUGUGGACUGUGCUGUUCACAGACACUUUGUAGCAACCAGCAAUACAACCAGCUGUUACCUUAUGGUAGGUCAAUGUUCUGUGCAGAUCCACUAAAAUGAAGGUGAUGAAUGAAUGACCAUUCAGUUGGAGUAUAAUGACUAAUCUACUUUAGUCUGAAUACGGAUCUGCUUUGCAGGAGGUUCAGUUUCCAGGACUCACCUCUGGGGAGAGGAGGGAAGGGAGUCUGAUGGUGGCACUUUGAAACCCACCCCUUUUUUCUUUAUUUUAUUUUUGUUCCCAGUCUGAUGGAACCAGCCCCAUCCAGACAGAGUGUUGGGAUCAGGUGUGGGGAGAAAGGGAUUAUGUUUCUGCUUUCUCUGUUGAUUUUUGGAGUGUACACAAGAUGCAUUGACAGGCACCUGUUCAAACUGAGUCCAUUUAAGAU